UAAACCAAAAAGACGAAAGAGGCCGAACAGCUCUUCAUGUCGCUGCUGAGAAUGGUAAUUUGGACGACGUUAAAAAGAUCAUCAUGAAAGGAGCCAAAGUUGAUUCGACAGACAAAGAACAGCGCAAACCUCUUCAUUUGGCUGCUAUGAAUGGUCAAACAAAAGUUGUUGAAAUGCUCAUCACGAAAGGAGUCAAAGCUGAUGCUACAGACGCUUUUAAAAGCACACCUCUUCAUUAUGCUGCUAUUAAGGGUCAAACAAAUGUUGUUGAAAUGCUCAUCACGAAAGGUGCCAAUAUUAAUUCGGUGGAUUACAUUCAUCAGACACCUCUUCAUCAUGCUGCUAAUAAUGGCAACUUACAGAUCGCUCAACUCCUUGUGAACGAUGGAGCCAGUGUUACUGUUAAAGACUUUUCUAAUCAGACACCGUAUCAAAUAGCUGCUACUCGUAUCUCACGAAAUGAAAAUUACAAGAAGGUUGCUGACUAUCUUGAGGGGAUUGAAGAGAAAAGGCACAACGGACAUAAGUAA